CGUUUCCCAACACGGACAUGGAGCUCGGUUUACUGCGUCCUUGGCUCUCCUGGAUCCUUCUUUAUACACUUUUUCUUUCUCUUUCUGCGCGUAAAAUUAUAUCCUAUAUGCACAUUCCUUUCGGAAGCAUCAAACUUUAAUAUCAAAAUUCACUUUUUUUCUCUUUUAAUCCAUCAUCUGCUUUGAAUUAACCCAUUUAAACAAAUAUUCACACUUUUACGCGUGCGUCUGACGAGUGUGUAAAAGGUCUCCUCCUGCAGUUUGGUGAUAAAUUAACAGAUAGUAAAAAAAAAAAAAAAAAAAGUUAGGAAUUCCUUGUAAUCUCAUUAACACUUAUAAAUCCACUUUCUUUUUUUUUUUUUUUUUUUUUUUAAUACAAGUUGUGUGUGUGUAGUUUUUGGGUCUGCGUAUAUAGCAGCGGAGUUUUAACAUAUGGCAUAAAGGAGAGCACAGCUGGAGGUAGCGUUUCCAUUGCGGUGAUGUCAGAGCAGCUGACUCCACAGCUUGCAGUGUAAUUAGCAAACAGAGCACCAGUUUACUCACUCUGCACUGUGGCUUCUUUUUUUCACGUUAGCCUCCUUCUUCUUCUUCUUCUUCUUCCUGAUGGACGAGAGCUGCUAUCAUUCAUUGCUUGUUCUGUAAACACCGUCAGAAACGCGCCGAUGUUUUGCGCAAAUUUCGGAAGCUUUGGAGAAGUAUACAGGCUGAGUACUACGAGCCGGAAUACUUGGUGUACAUUUGGAGAGUGGACGCGUUUACACUGUGAUCCAUGCUUGGGUUAUGAAGGAAGAAUGGAGUUCCCAGACCAUAGCCGCCAGUUGCUGCAGUGUCUGAGUCAGCAGCGUCACCAAGGUUUCCUCUGUGACUGCACUGUUCUCGUCGGGGAGGCUCGAUUCAGAGCGCACAGAGCCGUGCUGGCCUCCUGCAGCAUGUACUUCCAUCUCUUCUACAGGGACCAGCUGGACAAAAGGGACGUUGUGCAUCUCAACAGUGACAUUGUGACAGCCCCGGCUUUCAGUCUGCUCCUUGAAUUUAUGUAUGAGGGGAAGUUGGAGUUCAGCUCCCUCCCGGUGGAGGAUGUCCUGGCAGCGGCCAGUUACCUCCACAUGUAUGAUAUAGUGAAAGUGUGUAAAGGCAAGCUUAAAGAUAAGGAGCUCUCCUCUCUGGAUGAAAAGAUGAGCGCGGGUUUGGGACUCGGCUGCCUGGACAGGGACAACUCCGCGGAAGGCGAGCUGCACAGUAAGCAGCUCGUCCGGCGACAGCCCCAGACACAGUCUCAGGGGCUUCACAGGGCCCCCCCGGCAGAGGAGUUUGACAUCGACAACAGCGAAGUCAGGCUGGCUGUCAGAGAUUGUGAUAGGUCUGCGCGGAGCAGGCAGAAGGCGAACGGUCACUCUGGCAGGUCCCCGGACCUUGUAGGUGUCAAUUAUUUGUCAGCAGAGGCCGAGCCCUGCGUCCAAACAGCUGGAAAAACAAAAGCUGAUGUCAGUAGUUCCACCGUAUCGCUGUCCCAGAGGUCCCGGGCUUCAGAUGACAUGGACUGCGCACUGGAUUUGUCUUUCAAGCCUCUGUCUAGCAGAGAUCCCUUACACCCCUCCUACGUCUCGGGACAGCUGGCCCUCGACAGCCAGCAGCAGGGCACUGAGCCACUUGUUAAAGACGAACACGACUUGCUGUCAGAGCAGGAGGACAGUGAGCCGAUGAGCCCUGAGAGCCAGCGCUUUGGGAAUAGUGCCAGGAGCUCAGUGGUGACAGGGUUCGCUGCCCUCUUCCCAGGCAACAACGGCUCCACAGCCGCCCUGCUCUCCCAGGAGGAGGACCUGAUGGACGAGGAGGGGGAGGCCUGCAGAGGGAGGGAGGGCGCCCCGGGCAGGGAGGUGGAGGAGAGGAGGGGGAGGCUGCUGGGGGACAGCGAGGAGGAGGAGGAGGACGACUUGGCCUCCUCGGACAUCUCCACCUCCAGCGGGGUGCUCCUGCCCCCGGGCCAACAGGUGUGCGUGUGCCCCCUCUGCAGCAAAGUCUUCCCUAGCCCCCACGUGCUGCAGCUGCACCUCAGCUCGCACUUCCGCGAGAAGGACGGCGCUCGCUCCAAGCUGUCCCCCGACGGCUCGGUCCCGACCUGCAUGCAGUGCAACAAGACCUUCUCCUGCAUGUACACCCUCAAGCGCCACGAGCGCACGCACUCUGGCGAGAAGCCAUACACCUGUGGCCAGUGUGGCAAGAGCUUCCAGUACUCCCAUAACUUGAGUCGGCACGCCGUGGUCCACACGCGUGAGAAGCCUCACGCUUGUAAGUGGUGCGAGCGGCGCUUCACCCAGUCCGGGGACCUCUACCGCCACAUCAGGAAGUUUCACUGUGGCCUUGUCAAGACUCUCGCCAUUGGAUAAAAACACCUCUCACCAGUGCCAUGACAUGAGACCGAAUGUCUUUUCAUACAUUGAAUACUACUGAACACUUUCCCCACGAGUACACACACAUGUUGGCAGUUUAUUGGAGAUUUUGGAUUCUACCCCCAUGUGGCAUUUCUCAAGUUAAAAGAUGUAGCAAUGUUAAAACUGGAGCCGUUUCCGGUGCUGGACUGUUGUCACAGGCGUACAUGAGGGUAAGAGGUCAAGACAGUUGAAGGAGCCACACGCUGUUAGGAUAAACACGGGUGCUGUGACACCCAAGCUGGAUCUGUGUCGACGAAGGUGAACAAAUCAGAUGAUGCACUUGUUUUGUUUCUGUCUCGUUUGAGUCAAUCUGUUGAGUUUAUUUGUUGAAAGAAAAAAAAAAAAAGCAUCCUCUGUUCAUACCCUAUGGGCAAAUGGGUGAUAGCGAAUGCUAACACAUGUUAAUACAAUCGUCAGAGUGAGUGAGACUUUUAUUUGUGCACAUGGGAGAUCAGAACCGUCCGUAAGUAGCAAUAUAUUAUUUUUUUGUAACUCCUAUAUUAUUAUUAUUAUUUAUUUUUUGGGGAUUUAUUUUAGUCCUUAACAAGUAAACUAUCAUAAGGCAGCAAAACUAAUGAAGUUUGACUACUGGAAGUAUAACACAUUUUUUUUUUAUGGAAGUAGAUUUCUUUUGUUGGGUUGAAAUGAAGUUGGUUACAGUUUUAUGUUUCAUCAUAUCAACAUAUUUCUCUUUUUCUCUGCCUUGGGGGUGAGUUACCAGCUCUCUAGUUGCUAAUGUGAGCGAGCACAUAUCGAUGGAACGGCCCUAAGAAGUCGUGUAAUCAGAGGAGGGAGAGUUAAAAGCUAAUGCCUGUAACACUGGUGCCUACUGAAACACUUCACCUAGUGUACUUAAACAAGAAUGAGAUAUACUAUAUCACUAUGCCUUCUUGUCAAAUUCAGUGUGUUUUCAGGCCUUUUUGAAAGAAUCCAGAUUACACUCCACAUACUAGGUGGUAACAAAGGUAAUUGUCUACCAAUCCACCAGUGUCCUUAAUUCAGUAAUUUACAAGAAAUUUGAUAAAAGUGCGUAAAUCAAGCUCUCGUUUACUCGUUUGGGUUGAAAACAAACAGUUGUCAGUAAAUUACCUUGUUAUUUCCUGGUAUGGCGUCAAAGGUACACGGACACACCCUCAGCAGACAGACAGGCAGGGAGGAAGGGAGGGAGACAGGUGGAUAUUCAGCCUCAUCAAAGCUGUGCUCCUCCACGUGCCAUUCGGCUGAAUCUGACCUUUCUUUCUUUGAAUUAACCUUUUCACAUCAUCAUAUCUUCUUACUGUACAUGUGUAUGUUACUACUGAUGAAGCCUUUUAGUGAUGCUAUCCUUGAAAGAGUCUGUUCACAUAGAUGCUAUCUGGAUUCUCCGCAGCACUAAAAGUUCACCAUAUUUGUCUAAUCUGUCCUGAGAAGACUUGAUCAGAAUUUAUUUAUUAGUUUGACUUGGUUCAGGGUUUACUGUAGGUGUACUUCUUUUUAUUUCUUAUAAGCUUGAAAGACGCCGCGUCUUGCCUAGCGAUCUUGGUACUCAUUAAUAACCGGUAUUGGGGCUGUCUCUGUGCAAAUCGAGUUACUGUAAUUGUAUUUUAAUAUACCGUGUAGAAGAAAUCUCAAGAUUUGUCACAUGGAGAACAUAGAGAAGCACUUGUUUUUUAGCAUGCAUAUAGUUUCAACACUAUUUGUCUAGGCUGCUAUUUCUUACUAUAUGUAUAUUUAAUGUAAAUAUAUAUUCUAUUUAUCAGACUUGUUUUGUUUUUUUCCGUGUUACGACAAGGUGGAGAGAGUGUCAGGUGUCUUAUUAAGGCUGCAGUCUCUUAAAAGUGUCACGUCUUCCCCCGGGAGUUUGGUUCCUUCUUCCAUAUUCAAGAUUGGACUCACUACAAAUCAGUUAAUAUACCACUCUGACUGCUGUUCCGCCGCAGGAAACAGUUGUUCACAAGCGCAGCCACGCUGAUACGGCAUUGGCUAGUUGCUACCUAUAGAAAGGAGACAAUACAGGCAUUGUCCCCCCCACCCCCCCUACCUCCCACCACCACCACCACCAAAUCCCAGGUAGUUCUCAAGGGAUCAUUGUGUAUCUCUGUGCUAGAUGUGGGGAGAAAAAGGCAGUGCAAGUCUCUCUUUGCACUUUCCUGUAUUGAAUGAAGCCAUUGGAAUGUGAGAAAUGUAUUUAGCAAAGGGAGACCAAGGACACUGUAAACAGGUGUAUUGUCUGGAGGCAUCAAAGAACACCUCCACCCCCCCAUAUCCCAGCAUGCAGUAGAUAAAUGCUCCAUUGUUCCUCGACAUGGAGGAGAUGCCACGGUGAUUUGAUUGCACAUCCAUCAAGAGAAUAUCAGAAUUAUCAGAGUAUUGUUUUCCCAAGUGCGAGAUUUAGAAAAAUUGCCGGAGACUGAAAAUAAUAUGUCUGGCAACUGUAACGAUAACAGGUCAAACGUAGGUGCUGACUACCUAUCCAUUUCAGCACCCUAAGGUGUUUUUUUUUUAUGUUAGUCACCAAGACUUCUUUCAGGACACAGAAAUGAAAUUACAUUUGCAAUGGUUUGUCCGCAUUUCUAACGGAGGAGGCCCAAGUCAAGGAACGAGUCAAAGCAUUUCUCCCAAAUCUGUUUUCGCUGUACUCCCUGACCUGCAGUCAGCGACGGGGCUCAAACGACUGAGGCUUGUGUGUAAUAUUUACAAGAAAUGUGAUUUGGCUCCCUGUUAACUUGUGCAAACACUCCUGCCCUGAGAGUUUAAUCACUGUAGAACAAUAUAUUUCAGCUGUUGCGUAGUGUUAACAAUGUAUACUUCAAUCAGAACACACAGGAAUGUAGAUUUUGUCACUGUUUAAUUUUUUUUUUUUUUUAAAGGAACAUUUCUUAUGUGGUGCAAACUAUUAAUUGUCUAAUGUACAUGUGUACAGAGGUAGAAAAACUAACGAUAUGUGAAGAAUUUUUUUCUUUUUUUUUAUUGUUUGCAGUCUUUAUUUAUACCUCCAGGAUGAUCACCACAUGUGCCUUGUAGACACGGACAGGUGUUGCAUCUGGAGACGCCCUUUUUGUACAUUUUUGCCCUCGACUGCGGCGGUAAAGUUAACACAUCACAGCGACAGAAGUUAUUCAAUUCAACUGUUGUUCCUGUUUUUCUAUCAUGUCAAAAAUCAGAGUUUCAAGUCCAUUUGUUUUUGCUGCUUUGCGAGAGAUUACAUUUGAGAUUUAUUUGACCGUUUAUGUGAAUUAAUCUGUUUUGGUUAAACUGAAGACAAGCAUUUUUUUGUGAUUAGGCUUUUAGUAGCCAAUACUACUGGGAACUAACAGUCCGUUCCUUUAGUUAAUGUCACUGUUGAAUGUGAAACACUGAGAUUUUGAUUGUUGUUCUUAUACGGAAACGGCGCCGCUCUUGAUCGAGGGCUACGUUUGCCUAACUCAUGCUGUAUGAUCUUUAUAAGUCUAAAAAAAAUGACUUUACCGAUACUGGAAUUUUGUCCUCUGCAGGUUACAACUGUGAAAUUGUGUAUAAUCAUGAGAAAUAUUUAUUAUUGCUUCUUGUGCAACAUUUGUCUCAGUUUUAAUUUGGUAAAAAAAAAAAAAAAAAGCUUCUAAAUGUCGAACGAAAAUCUUUUUAAUAGAAUUUGUAGAAGUGCCAUUAGAAUUUAAUAUAAUUUUUUAAUAAGAAAGGUAUAUUUUAUAGUAAUCAAUUGCUUCGGUGUUAGUGGUGUAGAGAUUAGAGGACAAUCUUUAUGCAGAAUUUGACAUUGCUUAGAUAUUGAGGCAAUUUACUUUUGAUCUAUAACUGUACGUGCAUUUUCUUUGUUUGCGCUUUUGGAGUGUGCUUGUGUGCGUGUGCUGUGGAAAUGUGACAAUCUUGAUUUAGGUCUUUCUUAAGAUUAUGCAUAGAAUUAAAUGGAACAACUUUC